AUGGCUGUUGCUACCGUUAACCUGGCCCAACUGCGAACGCAAUUGGGUCCCCAAAGCCAAACCCUACUCGACCACGCGCCAUACCAGGAAAUAAUCACCGCGCCGCAGUUAUAUGACUCAUGUGCUGUCUCUUUCAAGUUCUUCUUCGGCUUCAUUCCCGAGAAAAUCACCAGAAAGCCACAAAAGGUCUGGGUGUUACUUUACCCACCUUCGAGAAUCACAGGACCCGCAGAAGUGCAGUUUCACUCUUGUGAUCCUGAGACGGGAGAGUUCGCGAAGCACGAUGAUGGCAACAUCAGCUCCACGGUCACCGAAUUCGCUCCUGCUUUUAGGACUCCCAAGAAAGCCUCAAAGGGCAAGCAUGUUGCACUAGCCAAGUAUUACUACUUGGAGGCCCUCGCGGCGUUAGAGACACAAAGCGGGUGUGCCAGCGAGCUAGCGAUACCGAUACCCAUUUCGCGUACUUUUGUUGACAGCCUAAAAGCCGCUUGUCGCGAGUUCGAGGAAGCUAAAGGAAAGGUCUUGAACCUGGCGCUGCGCUCACCGCCAGCAACGCUGGCGGGUGACCAGGAUAGCGGUCUCAGCAAUGCUCCAGAGGAUCUACCAGUACAACCGGAGUCGGUGCUCCUGAGCGCGUCAGACAUAACGAUCACUCUAGAGGAACAUGAUGCAAAUGCUAAGCGGUUCGAGAUCCUUCUUAAGAUCCGCGACGACGAGGCUCAGCUCCAAAGUUCCGACAGCGCGAUAGAGGCAGAACUGGCAGCGUUGGAAGAUGCACGCCUAGAGAUCGAGGCUCGCCGCCUAGAGAUCGAGGCUCGCCGCCGGGUACUGGAAGAACAGCGCCAGAUGAAUCGCGAGAAGAAGGUCAGCAUUGCUGCUCGCAGAGAACAGGUCUUCAAUGGCAUGAGUGUCGUUGAUGCGUUCGAGCUAGGCGGGGAAACGGAACGCGCAGAGAAGCGUCGAAGGCUGUUCUAG